AUGACGAAGGAUAAUAGUAAUAAGCCAAAGGCUGCUCCCAGACCACCACCAUUUAAUAACAACAGCAAGCAAACUUUCCAGCAGAAACACAUUGAAUACAUUUGCAAGAAGGUGUCCGAUUUGAUGAAGAACUACAAACCUAUAUUGGACGAUACCAAACCACAUGACUGCAUCAAGAAUAUGACACCACCUUCAAGUGACAGGAUGACAGACAAAGCUCCACCUUCUGCUGCAACACCAACAAGAAAAGAGAUUACCCCAGAAUCACACGGUAAUUCUAGCGAUGCUCCAUCCAGACAAAGCAGCUCGGUGAGCUUAGUGCAUGGACAAGAGAUCAGGAUCGACUGGGAUGAUGCUCAGAGCACCCAAAGAGCUGAAGCACUGGAAUCAUUGCUAGAGAUCUGUGCAAGCCUGCUCAGACGUGAACGGUUUGAGGAACUAGAAGGUGUGCUGAAACCCUUUGGCGAAGAAGCUGUGUCAUCCAGAGAAACAGCAAUUUGGCUAACAAAAAGUCUCAUGAAAGUACAUAAGAAAAGAAAUGGGAAAACUUGA